CCCAGUGUUGGAGGCAUCAUCAGUCCAACAUGACAGGCCCUCACACCGGAACGAGAGGAUUCGCCUCCAGGAAGUCUAGUUCUCACGUUAGCACAGCAAGUUCCGCUAGCACUCUCAGCAGCGAGCCUGCAGGUAGCACCGUAACCACCACAACUUCUGCUAGCAGCAUCAGGUCUGCAGCUGUUACCAGCGGCAAUUCCUUGUCGAACCUCCUGGAAGGUCUGGCAUCAUUGCUGGACAGAAUUGUGCUAGCAUGCGAGGCUCAAGAAGGAUCCCGUCCGGUUCUUCCGGAUGAAGUCACAUUAUAUCAUGGACUACGUGCUCCUGAUAUAACAAUCCACAAGUAUCUGGAAAGGGUCUACAAGUACACCAGGUGCUGUCCGGACUCAGUCGUCGUUUCAUACGUCUACAUUGACCGCAUCAUGAAGACUACAGGAAUGUCAAUCACAUCUCUGAAUGUUCACCGGCUUCUGGUCACAAGUGUUAUGGUUGCAGCCAAAUUUCUGGGGUCUGCGUACUUCAACAACGCGUGUUUUGCCACUGUUGGAGGAAUCGGAACAAGUGAAAUCAACAAGCUUGAGUUGGACUUUCUGUUUCGCAUCAAUUUCACUCUAAAUGUGACAGCUGAGGAAUUCAAGCAGUACAAGAUGCACAUUGAAGAAGAGCUUGACGUUUCCAUGUCUAUCGCUCAAGACAACUUCGCCGGUGGAUCCACGAAGCUUUUAAAACACCAAGAACAAGCAGGCGACAGCAGUCUUUGUUCCAGCCGGUCUCGAGCUAAGAUGUCCAAGCGAGCGGAAACCAAGACAAUCAUGCCUGACACAUUUCUUUAUGCCGUAUGAUCCUCUCAGCGCGUCAACUCAGGCGGUGACAACCAGAACUUCCAACUCAUUAUUCUGACUGUGGCUGAGGCACCAUGUAAUAGGGCGUAAUGCUUCCUAACACUGAUCAGACCGGUAAUAUGGAUGGAUGACACAAGCAUCAAGUAGUGUGAGGUUGUGAACUAGUUUGAGUCAGUCAAGCAAGAAGAUAGAGCUAGCACUACCUAGAGUACUACCAGUACGUGCAGCUCAACUUUGUGCAGAACAAGAACAACACCUCAGUUGUAUUUUAUCUAAAAGUUCUCAUGUCGUGUGUAUACAUGGCACAGCCAAGACAGGACAAGCAA